AAAAAACACUAUACAGUCACACCCUCUUAUCUUAUUCCAUCUUCCCACUCUCCCCCUCUCAGCUUGUGGUCACGUUUCAUAUAUCUCAACAAUUAAACCCUCUAAAGGAAAUUCCAAUCGUCAUCAUUUCAUAAAGGGUGGAUUUGAGAGCAAACCCAGAUCAAGAAACCAGUUAGAAUCCCAAUGAGAUGAAUUUGAGACAAAGACAAGUACCCACGCGCGGCCGUGCAGUUCCCCACGCGCCGCCGCGUCCACUUGGUUCAGAGGAACCUUACAACAUAAUUCCUAUUCACAGUCUACUUUCAGACCACCCUUCUCUCCGGUACCCAGAAGUAAGAGCCGCUGCUGCCGCUCUACGUGCCGUGGGUGACCUCCGGCGACCGCCGUUUCGAGAGUGGCGAGAUGGAAUGGACCUUAUGGAUUGGCUCGGUGCCUUUUUUGGGUUUCAGCGUGACAAUGUUCGGAACCAAAGAGAGCAUCUUGUUCUUCACCUUGCAAACGCCCAAAUGCGCCUUACUCCGCCACCAGCCAUCGCCGACAAUCUUGACCCGAAAGUGCUGAACCAGUUCCGCCGUAAGCUCCUCCGUAACUACGAGACUUGGUGCUCUUACCUCCGCCGGAAAUCUCAGGUUCGCCUCCCACUUUUCCGGCAAAACCCGGAUACUCACCGCCGUGAACUUUUAUAUGUAGCUAUGUAUCUAUUGAUAUGGGGUGAAGCCGGAAAUCUCCGGUUCACCCCAGAAUGCAUUUGCUAUAUUUACCAUCAUAUGACUAUGGAACUCAACCAAGUUCUUGGUGGAGACACUGACCCCAACACGGGCCGGUCUUUUAACCCCUCUAUCUCUGGUGAAAAUGCAUUUUUAAACAAGAUUAUUACACCCAUAUACCUAACGAUAAAAAACGAGGUUGAAAGAAGUAGAGAUGGGAAAGCACCACAUUCGGCUUGGCGAAAUUAUGACGACAUUAAUGAGUUUUUCUGGAGUCGGAAAUGCUUCAAGAAACUUAAAUGGCCAUUGGAUCUUUCUAGCAAUUUUUUCAUUAUCGAUGAUCCGAAAGUUACUAACCGGGUUGGGAAAACAGGCUUCGUGGAGCAAAGAACGUUUUGGAAUGUGUUUAGGAACUUUGAUCGGUUAUGGGUUUUGUUAAUAUUGUUCUUCCAAGCCUCAAUGAUUGUCGCUUGGAGAGAAACUACGUAUCCGUGGGAAGCGAUUAGUGACCGUGAUGUGCAAGUUGAACUGCUUACGAUUUUUAUAACGUGGGCCGGUCUUCGUUUUGGUCAAUCCAUUCUUGAUGCUGGUACGCAGUAUAGCCUGGUUACUCGAGAUUCCAAGUUGCUCCUUUUUAGAAUGGUAAUGAAAAGCUUUGUAUCGUUGACAUGGGUGAUUGUGUUUGUAAUCUUCUACAUUCAGAUCUGGAUUCAGAAGAAUUCUGAUAGGCGUUGGUCGGAUGCAGCCAACGAUAAAAUCAUAGUGUUUUUGAAAACGGGUCUGGUUUAUAUCGUACCUGAAGUGCUGGCUACGAUCCUUUUUGCCUUGCCAUGGGUCAGAAAUUUCAUCGAAAAUACCGAUUUUAUACUUUUUGAUGUGUUAACAUGGUGGUUUCAUUCCAGACUCUACGUGGGACGAGGUUUGCGGGAAGGGUUAGUUAAUAACAUUAAGUAUACACUGUUUUGGAUAGUCAUAUUGCUAUCAAAGUUUUCCUUCAGCUACUUUCUGCAAAUUAAGCCUCUUGUUGCUCCCACAAAAGCCCUUUUGAGCAUUCAUAUUGAUUAUAAUUGGCGUGAGUUCUUUGACAACAGGAACCGGAUGGCAGUUAUUCUUGUAUGGACUCCAAUUGUUUUAAUGUAUUUGGUGGAUACACAGUUAUGGUACACGGUUAUCUCGGCUUUUGUUGGUUCGAUUAUUGGUUUAUUCUCGCAUUUGGGUGAGAUCCGGAACAUUGAGCAACUCAGAUUACGUUUUCAGUUCUUCUGUAGUGCGUUAUCUUUUAAUUUGAUCCCUGAGGAUCAAACGCUGGUUGCAAAAGAUAAUCUCGUUCAGAAGUUACGAAAUGCUAUUCGCCGGAUCAAACUCCGGUAUGGGCUUGGUCAACCUUUUCAGAAACUCGAGUCCAGUCAGGUCGAUGCGAGGCGGUUUGCUUUGAUUUGGAAUGAAGUAAUCUUUACAAUGAGAGAGGAAGAUUUGAUCAGCGACCGGGAUGUGGAGCUAACUGAGUUACCGCAGAAUUGUUGGGAUAUAAUGGUUGUUCGAUGGCCAUGUUUUCUUUUGUGUAACGAGCUCCUUCUAGCAUUGAGCCAGGCUAGGGAACUUGCCGAGGCCGGUGCACCAGACAAGUGGAUUUGGUUCAGGAUUUGUAACAGUGAGUAUAGAAGGUGUGCGGUUAUUGAAGCCUAUUGCAGCAUUCGGUUCAUGCUACUUCAGAUUAUUCAAAGUCAAUCUGAAGAACACAGGAUUGUUUCAAACCUAUUUGGUGAAAUUGAUCAUCAUGUAGGGCAGGGGAAGUUUACUGUCUUUUACAAAUGUCAAGCACUUCCUCGGAUCCACGCGCGGUUGAUAAGUCUAGUUGAAAUUCUGAUGUCACCGGAUCAAAACAUGAACAAACUCGUCGAUGUGUUGCAAGCCCUUUACGAGCUCAUGGUAAAAGAGCUCCCGAAAACUAAGAAACCUGUUGCUCAGUUAAUGCAAGAAGGGUUAGCCCCAAGGAACCCAGCUACUGCAGAGGAGGGUUUACUUUUUGUGAACAGAGUUCAGUUUCCAAAACCCGAGGAUGCGUUUUUCUAUCGACAGUUAAGACGGUUACAUACGAUUUUGAGUUCUAGGGACUCGAUGCGAAAUGUCCCAAAGAACAUUGAGGCCCGGAGACGGAUUGCUUUUUUUAGCAAUUCGCUCUUCAUGAAUAUACCACGAGCCCCGCAAGUGGAGAAGAUGUUUGCGUUCUGCGUUUUGACACCCUAUUAUGAUGAGGAUGUUCUGUACAAGAAAGAAGGGCUUAGAAAACCAAACGAUGAUGGGAUAUCAACAUUGUUUUAUUUACAGAAAAUAUACGAGGAUGAGUGGGAUAAUUUUAUGGAACGAAUGCGUAGAGAUGGAAUGAAGGAUGAUGAAGAGAUUUUCACUACAAGAUCUCGAGAACUUCGUGCUUGGGCAUCGUAUCGUGGUCAAACAUUGGCACGGACAGUUCGUGGCAUGAUGUAUUACUAUAGAGCCCUUGAGAUUCUUGCAUAUCUUGAUUCUGCUUCGGAGAUGGAGAUAAAGCAAGGAUCUAUGGCUCUUGGGGGUUCAAGAAGUUUAAACCAAAACAGAGCCAUGACGGAAUUUGGUGCUGUGAUAAUGAAGUUCACCUAUGUUGUUGCAUGCCAGAAAUACGGGUCCCAGAAAGAAAAAGGGGAGUCACAAGCAGAAGAUAUUGCAAAUUUGAUGAAAAACAACGAGGCACUUCGUGUUGCAUAUGUUGAUGAAGUUCAUUUGGGUCGGGGUGAGUUGGAGUAUUAUUCGGUUCUAGUGAAGUAUAACAGUCAAUUAAAGCAAGAAGAAGAGAUCUACCGAAUCAAAUUACCGGGUCCAAUGAAGCUCGGUGAAGGAAAACCCGAAAACCAAAACCAUGCUAUUAUUUUCACACGGGGGGAUGCACUUCAAACCAUUGACAUGAACCAAGACAAUUCAUUUGAGGAGGCGUUAAAAAUGAGAAAUCUUUUGGAGGAAUUUAAACUCAAUCACGGAAUUAGAAAGCCGACCAUUCUUGGGGUUCGUGAAAAUAUUUUCACGGGUUCAGUUUCAUCACUCGCAUGGUUCAUGUCAACUCAAGAAAUGAGCUUCGUGACACUCGGUCAAAGGGUUCUUGCGAACCCUUUGAAAGUGCGAAUGCACUACGGUCACCCUGAUGUUUUUGACCGGUUCUGGUUCUUGACACGGGGAGGAAUUAGUAAAGCUUCUAAAGUUAUAAAUAUUAGUGAAGACAUAUUCGCAGGUUUUAACUGUACUCUACGGGGUGGUAAUGUGACCCAUCACGAGUAUAUUCAAGUUGGAAAAGGUAGGGAUGUCGGGUUGAACCAAAUCUCGAUGUUUGAAGCCAAAGUUGCUUCAGGAAACGGCGAGCAGGUUUUGAGUCGUGACGUUUACCGGUUAGGUCAUCGACUAGAUUUCUUUCGUAUGCUGUCAUUCUUCUAUACAACCGUCGGGUUCUAUUACAACACAAUGAUAAUGGUUGUGAUGGUGUACACGUUUUUAUGGGGCCGUCUUUAUCUUUCAUUGAGUGGGGUUGAGGGUGCAGCCAUGGACAACACCAAAUACAACAAAGCAUUUGGUACAAUCCUGAACCAGCAGUUCGUGGUCCAGAUUGGGGUUUUCACAGCCCUCCCAAUGAUAGUUGAGAACUCCUUAGAACACGGUUUUCUGUCUGCUGUGUGGGACUACAUAACAAUGCAGCUACAACUUGCAUCAGUUUUCUUCACAUUCUCAAUGGGGACCCGUAGCCAUUACUUUGGGCGAACCAUUCUUCAUGGUGGAGCCAAGUACAGAGCCACUGGACGAGGGUUUGUCGUUGAACACAAGAGUUUUUCCGAGAAUUACAGGUUAUAUGCUCGAAGCCAUUUUGUAAAGGCUAUUGAGCUUGGUGUGAUCUUGACGGUAUAUGCAUCAACAACCCCUUUGUCCAUCAGCAAUUUUAUCUACAUAAUUUUGAACAUAUCGAGCUGGUUUCUCGUAGUGUCAUGGAUCAUGGGCCCGUUUGUGUUUAACCCCUCGGGUUUUGAUUGGUUGAAAACUGUAUACGACUUCAAAGAGUUUGUGAGAUGGCUUUUUUACGAUGGAGGUUCAUUAGUAAAGGCUGAUGUGAGCUGGGAAACGUGGUGGUAUGAAGAACAAGAUCAUCUUAGAACAACUGGAUUGUGGGGAAAGUUAUUGGAAAUAGUACUGGAUCUUCGUUUUUUCUUCUUCCAAUAUGGAGUUGUUUAUCAUCUUAAAAUAGCAAACAACAGCAAGAGUAUUGUCGUGUACUUGAUCUCGUGGGUCUUUAUGAUUGUUGCUGUAUCGGUUUACAUUGUUAUAGCGUAUGCUCAAGGCAAAUUUGCUGCAAAGGAGCACAUCAAGUACCGCUUGGUGCAACUUCUGGUGACAUUUUUGGUAGUCCUCGUGACAAUACUGUUGUUGGAGCUAACAAAGCUAACGGUUUUGGAUUUGUUUUCGAGUAUAUUGGCGUUUAUUCCAACCGGAUGGGGUAUCAUAUCCAUUGCUCAGGUUUUGAGGCCGUUUCUAGAGAACUCGCUUGUUUGGGAUACAGUUGUGUCGUUGGCUCGGCUUUAUGAUAUGUUGAUUGGGAUGGUUGUUUUGGCUCCUCUUGCAUUUCUAUCGUGGAUGCCUGGAUUUCAGUCGAUGCAAACAAGGAUGUUGUUUAACGAAGGGUUUAGUCGAGGGCUUCAAAUCUCCAGGAUUCUCACCGGGAAGAAUAUUAACACAGAGUCAUGAUACCGAGGCGGAGUAUGCAAAGGUGUUACUGUUCUUGAAACCAUCAAGCUGGUAGUUGUAGUUGCAGUUUGUCUUCACACAACAAAGAUCCUUGGAUGUAAGCCCAUUUUUGAUGAACAAACUCAAGAAGUGGAGAAGGGUUUUUUUUUUCUGCGUUGUUGGGCAUCAUUAAAGCGUUGCUUCAAAUUUUUUGACCUAAUGGAAGUUAGAAGUAGUGAAUUAGAAUUUUGCAGUUCAAUGAUUGAACAUCAAUCUGUACAUAUUUGUGUAGAAGAAGCUAUGUAAUUUCUUUUUCACAUGCAUUGACAUUUUUGUGGCUGUACUUGCCUUUCUUUACAUGCUAUGAAGUAUGAACUAACCGUUGUUUUAA